AUGAGUGACAUCAGAGUAUCCAAAGCACAGAACCUCGCUCGGAUUAGAGAUAAUCAGCGCCGAUCACGCGCCCGACGCAAAGAGUAUCUGCACGAGCUGGAGACUAAGCUGCGCAGCUAUGAACAAAUAGGCAUCGAGGCCUCUUCAGAAAUCCAGAGUGCUGCUAGGAGAGUGUUGGAUGAGAAUCGGAAACUCAGGUCGCUGCUCCAUGAAAGAGGAGUGUCCGAGUCCGAGAUUGUAGCAGCACUGGAAGGGAUGUCUGAUCGACGAUACGAGCACGAUACUGCGGCUUCCAGAUUGCAUGCGAUGCUUGAACGGAGGGUCAACACCAACGUAAUACCUUCUACAAGCUUGCCUAUACCUUCUCAUACGAGAGCUGCUUCGAUGCCUCGGCAGAAACCAUCAGUGCCACCCGUUACUAUCCCACCUACGCGGCCAACGGCACUCAGCUACAACGAUUCACCUAGCCCCGGAUCCAUGGUGUCAAGUAUGAGUACACCACCACCGGCGUCAUACCCGGCAACGCUCUACACUACGCCCAUGACUCCGUCAGCUGCCCAGAUCAAGUCAGAGCAUGUUCAGUACGACUACCCCUACGACCAGCCAUACAGCAGUGCAUGGGCUUACUCGAGCGAUUGCAACUAUACUGCAGAACCGGUCUCCUAUUACAACGGCUCGUCCUGUGUUGACGCUGCUAACAUUAUUCGUACGAUGCGAGCUGGUGUCGGCCCUGAGCUAGAGGUCGACCUAGGACGUCACACAUCUGAUCGUCAUUGCUAUAUCAACAAUGCAACAAUUUCCAACGUCAUGGACCGAUACUCCCAACAUAAUGCGCCAAUAUGA